AUGGGUCAGACCCUCUCCGAGCCCGUCGUCGAGAAGAAAUCUCAAAGCAGCGAUGGUGAAGACUUGAUUUUCGGCGUCUCCUCGAUGCAGGGAUGGCGAAUCAGCAUGGAGGACGCCCAUGCGUGCAUCCUAGACCUGCAAGCCCUCGUCGAGGGCGGCAAGCCCACGCCUGCAGACAAGCGACUGAGUUUCUUCGGUGUUUAUGACGGCCACGGCGGCGACAAGGUAGCGAUAUACACAGGCGAGCACCUUCACGAGAUCGUAGCGAAGCAGGAGGCUUUCAAGGAGGGCGAUUUGAAGAAAGCUCUGCAGGAUGGUUUCCUCGCGACCGACCGGGCGAUACUGAGCGACCCCAAGUAUGAGGAAGAAGUCUCGGGAUGUACCGCUUCCGUCGGUAUCAUCUCCAAAGACAAGAUUUACGUGGCCAACUCUGGUGAUUCGCGAAGUGUACUCGGAAUCAAAGGCCGCGCGAAGCCCCUCUCCUACGACCACAAGCCCCAAAACGAAGCCGAGAAAGCACGUAUCCAGGCCGCUGGAGGCUUCGUCGACUUCGGUCGAGUCAACGGCAACCUUGCUCUGUCGAGAGCUAUCGGAGACUUCGAGUUCAAGAAGAGCGCUGAACUCCCCCCGGAACAACAGAUAGUCACCGCCUUCCCUGACGUUGAGAUUCAUGAAAUCAGCGAAGACGACGAGUUCCUGGUCGUUGCUUGCGAUGGUAUCUGGGAUUGCCAGUCGUCUCAAGCAGUCAUCGAGUUCGUUAGACGCGGUAUCGUUGCAAAGCAGGAUCUUGCAUCUAUAUGUGAGAACAUGAUGGACAACUGUCUGGCAAGCAACAGUGACACUGGUGGUGUCGGUUGCGAUAACAUGACCAUGGUUAUCAUUGGUCUCCUGCACGGGCGGACGAAGGAGCAGUGGUACGAAGAUAUUGCGAAGAGAGUGGCAAAUGGAGAGGGACCUUGCGCUCCGCCAGAAUAUGGCAAGUCUGAAGAUCCAGCCUCUCCUGCCUCAGCAGGCAGCGAUUAG